UCUGAGAAAGGGUGGACAAUGGCUUACAAGCUCCCAAAUGGAAUGAGGAAAGCUUUCAGAGGACUCUGGCCAAGAGUAAAUCCAGGCCAAGGCCAGCUCCUAAAGCUGGGGAUUAGGAUUCAAAGGUCUUGACCCUCACAGCUGCCCCCUCAGAGUGCUGACCCACCCCUCCACUCGAGGCUCUCACGUGGCCCACCUCCCUACCCAAAGCUUGCUGGGGUCUCCCUCUUGGCAUAUGGAAUGGGGUGACCAGAUCCUGGUCCCUGCCAGCCUCUGAUGCUGGCCUGGCCUUUUCAGAGUGGCGGGUAUGAUCUCAACCUCUUCACCAGCCCUCCCGACAGCAACUUUCUGUGCUCUGUCUGCCAUGGAGUUCUCAAGAAGCCAGUGAGGUUGCCAUGCAGCCACAUCUUCUGCAAGAAGUGCAUUCUCCGGUGGCUAGCCAGGCAAAAGACCUGUCCGUGCUGCAGGAAAGAGGUGAAACGGAAAAAGAUGGUCCGUGUGAAUAAACUCCGAAAGACCAUUGGCCACCUGGAAGUUAAGUGCAAGAACGCCGAAGCUGGCUGUUCGGUGACGUGCCCCCUGGCCCAUCGCAAGGGGCACCAGAACUCGUGCCCUUUCGAGCUAAUGGCCUGCCCCAACGAGGGUUGCAUGGUGCAAAUACCGCGUGGGACCUUGGUGGCACACCUGCAGCGCUGCCAGCAUGGGACCCAGCAGCGCUGCGCCCUGGGCUGUGGUGCAAACCUGGGCCCAACAGAGCAUGGACCCCACAACUGCCACUGUGAGCUGCGCGAAGCCUGGGGCCAGCGCCAGGAUCGCAGCCAGACCCUGGUGCUGUGCCUGCUCCAGCACGUGCGCAAGGUGCACCGCACCACCAACCUCAUCUGCUGGCAGCUGGCCCAACUAGGGAACUUCCUGGAGAAUGACGCGCUGCUCCUAGGUGCACGGCAAGAGGAUGCCCCUGCGCAGCAAGAGGAGGCCGAGGCCACCCCGGAAAGCAGCACUGGGGCUGAUGGGUGGGGGGUCCAGGACCAGAGUACCUUGUAA